GAAUUUUAAUAGAUGAUGAGAAAGAAAACUAUUGCUGAAAAUUCAGUUUUGCCAACCAGCUAUAUUUUAACUGAAUAUAUACUGUAUUCUGCUUUUAAUGCAGAGCUCAUGAUUACUGAGGAGAAAGUGGCACAGAGACUUUCUGACAGGGAAGAGGAGUUGAAGGCGAGUAUCCAAAAGCUACAGAAAAUUGAAGAAGAAUUGCUUCAGACAAAUGAAAAGGAUGAAAAAUUGAGGAUCAACAUUAAUGAAUUAAGAAAACAGCUGGAGACUUUGAGAGAAGAAAGCAGGCAGCAGCAGCAGAAAACCACAGAAGAAGCUGACAGAUCUAUGUCAGCUACGUAUCUUGUACAUCUUUAUUAUCAGAUCUGCCAGAUUGACUGGGACUAUUCUUGUGAACCACCUCUGAUCAAAGGAACCCAUUAUGGACCAGAUAUUGCUCAAUCUAUCAACCUUGACAGUAGCCAACAUUCUCCUUGCUUUAUCAGUGAUUACCUCUGGAACCUGGUGAAUACAUCUUGGUGAAAAAAGCAGCUUUUGGCACACAGUAGAUAAUAUAGUAGAUAUUCCUAGGAGCAAAAUAUAUUUCAGUGGCUCAUUCUAUGUUAUACUUUUUGGCAGAACAGUAUUCUGAAGAGUAUUAAUGGAAUAACACAGACUGAAGCAAAAUAAACAUUAAUACUAAUCACAAAAA